AUGGACGACCACCACCCAUCACCAAUCUCUGACCACUGGGUUCCCUGCUCGACAUGUUCCCCUGGAGGUGUCCCCGAAUCAGCAAAAGACUCAUCCGGGCCAGAGACAGCACCGGUAUCAACCCCACAUACCGGCACACCCCACACCAAAGAACCAGGAACCCGAGCCCGCCGAAAGCCAAUCCCGCGAAAGGGACACACAAAGUCCCGGCUGGGUUGCUUCCACUGCAAGAGGCGAAAGGUCAAAUGCCAGGAGACGAUCCCCUCCUGCUCGAACUGCGCGAGGGUCGGACUGGUGUGUGAGUACCCUGAGCGGCCGAGAAUGGCGUCGGCGUUUUCGGCUUCGGUGAUGACGGUGGUCCCAACGAACAGCUUGCAGUCAUCGACGGCUACGGUGUUUACGCAGGAGGAUAUGAGGUACUUUCAUCACUUUUUGCACCAGUAUGAUUAUCUUAUGCAUGCCAUGCUUGGGCUGGCGGCGUCACAUCUUGAUUUGCAUGGGGGGAAUUGCUCUUCGCAAGCGCUGGCUCACCGUGUCAAGGCGAUACAGUCUCUUAACGACAGUUUGAGUAAGCCUUGCUCUUCACAGGCUGAGGGGGAUGCGAGGUUUGCUGCUAUGAUGGCUUUGGCGUUUCAAGCGAGCUGUAUGGCUGAGGGUAUGCCUGAGUUUCUCGCCAUGUCUAGGGGGUGUCAUAUUAUUGCAAAUACCGCUAUGGGCAGCAUGAAGAACUCGUUGUUCCGUGAGUUUACACAGGAAGGGUACUGUGAUAGCGUUCGACGAGUCAUUGGGAUCGUUCCUUUGGAUUUGAGCGAGGAUGAGGAGAUUCUCAUUGGUGACUUUUUGAAGUCUCUGAGGGCACUCGGACCUCUGUGUAAGAGCCCGUUGGAGGUCAAGUUCUUGGCUUCAACAGAGGCAAUUGCAAAAGCUGCCAGGACGUCGGCGUCAGAAGGUCAGUACCAGUCCGGUCUUUCUGGGAGAGAUCAAAUGCUGACUUGCUACCUAUACAGCCUUUUCUCAGUUUGCCGCCCUGUAUUCCUUAUUCAACCACUCCAGCAAUGA